AAGUUUGUGCUAGCUUGGUGUAUAGGUUUGAUUAAAAGCCUUUAUUCCACAGUUUUUGGGGAAAACAGACACAAGUGCACUCUUCCAGACCACUCUACCCACUAGGUCAGAGGGAAAUUUCAUCUUCUGAAGUAAGUGCUACCUCUUGUCUGUUCCUGGGGACCUCUGCAGAGACUGAGAAGAAGACAGUUUUGCAGGUUGUUAUCUGCCAAGAUGUUACACUUGCAGGGCCCACAGAUGCUUCAGAUGCUAGAGAAAUCCUUGAGGAAGAGCCUCCCUGAAUCCUUAAAGGUUUAUGGGACCGUCUUCCACAUGAACCAGGGAAACCCAUUCAAGCUAAAGGCCCUGGUGGACAAGUGGCCUGAUUUUAAUACAGUGGCUGUCCGACCUCAGGAGCAGGAGAUGACUGAUGACUUUGAUCACUACACCAAUACCUACCAAAUUUAUUCUAAGGAUCCCCAAAACUGUAAAGAAUUCCUUGGCACAUCAGAAGUCAUCAACUGGAAACAACAUUUACAGAUCCAGAGUUCACAGUCAAGCCUGGAUGAGGUGAUCCAAAAUCUUGCAGCCACUAAACUUGUCAAGGUCAAGAAAACCCAGUGCCUUCUCUAUAUGAUGCCUGAGACAGCAAAGAAACUGGUUCCCUCAUUCCUGGAGGCAAAGAAUUUAUCUCCUAAAUCUGUCAAGCCCAAAGCCAUCAACCAUGAGAUGUUUAAACACUCAUCCCUGGAUGUCACUCAUGCUGCCUUGGUGAAUAGAUUUUGGCAUUUCGGUGGGAAUGAGAAGAGCCAGAGAUUCAUUGAGCGCUGUAUCCGGACCUUCCCCACCUUCUGCUUGCUGGGACCCGAGGGGACCCCUGUGUCCUGGUCCCUGAUGGACCAGACUGGAGAACUACGGAUGGGAAGCACCAUGCCUGAGUACCGGGCACAGGGCCUUGUCUCCAAUGUCGUCCAUAUCCAGACCCAGGCUCUGGAGAAACUCGGCUUCCUGACAUAUCACCAUACAGACAAAGCCAACAAAAUCGUCCAGAGGUUGUGUCACACUCGGCAACAUGUCCGCAUGCCCUGUGACUGGAACCAGUGGAACUGUGUGCCUCUGUGAAGCCGGUCCCUGAAAU